AUGGUUGCCAAAAAAGAUGUCCACAUGGCCAAACGCCCCGAGCUGGCAGACAAGAACGUGCCCAACCUUCACGUCAUGAAGGCCAUGCAGUUUCUCAAGUCUCGAGGCAACGUGAAGGAGCAGUUUGCUUGGAGACAUUUCUAUUGGUACCUCACAAAUGAGGGCAUCCAGUAUCUCCGAGAUUACCUGCACCUACCUCCGGAGAUCGUGCCCACCACCCUGCGCUGCAGCCAUCCCGAGACCGGCAGGCCUUGGCCCAAAGGUCCAGAGGGUGAGCAACCUGCAAGAUUCACAAGAGGGGAGGCGACAGAGACACCUACAGAAGGAGUGCUGUGCCCCCUGAAGCUGACAAGAAAACUGAGGCUGGGGCUGGCUCAGCAACAGAAUUCCAGUUUAGAGGGUGUUUUGGUCGUGGACAUGGUCAGCCACCUCAGUGAAGUUGGAGAUUAUGUUGUGUUGAAUACACUUUAA